GACUUCCCCAGCGUUCAUAUACCGGUCACAAUAGACACGAUCUAUAUGCAUAUCCUCUGAACUGUCCGGCGGCUUUUUCCGACCAGUCCUUGCUUCAGUUUUGAACCACAAAUCUCAGUUUGGAUGUGUUCUUAACUCGUCGCAAAUCAGAUCGUUUUCCGAUUUCCUCCGACCGGUUUGCUCCUCUGAUCGAAUUGAUCUUUAGCUGCUGUUGAAAUGGCAUCAACAGCUGGAGCCACAGGAUGGUUGAGGGGAAGAGUGAAAGCAGUUCCCUCCGGUGACAGCUUGGUGAUUAUGGGGAGUACAAAGGCUGAAAUACCCCCAGAAAAGACCAUUACUUUAUCAUCUUUACUUGCACCAAGAUUGGCCCGUCGUGAUGGUACUGAUGAACCAUUUGCAUGGGACAGCAGAGGGUUUUUAAGGAAACUUUGCAUUGGAAAGGAGGUUACUUUCAAAGUUGACUAUGCUGUUCCAUCCAUAGGCCGAGAAUUUGGCUCUGUUUUCCUCGGUGAUAAGAAUGUUGCAUUAAUGGUUGUUGCUAAAGGCUGGGCAAAGGUUAGAAGUCAGAAUCAACAGAAAGCAGAAGCUAGUCCCUUCUUAGCAGAACUACUGAGUCUUGAAGAACAAGCCAAGCAACAGGGUCUAGGUUGCUGGUCCAAGGAAUCUGGUGCUUCCAAUGCAUCCAUAAGAAACUUACCUCCAUCUGCCAUUGGUGAUCCUAGUAAUUUUGAUGCAAUGGGUCUUUUGGCUGCAAAUAAAGGUAGAAGUAUGGAAGCUUUUGUGGAGCAGGUUCGCGAUGGAAGCACCCUUCGUGUCUAUUUACUUCCAGGCUUCCAGUUUGUCCAAGUCUUCAUUGCUGGAAUUCAGGCACCAUCCAUGGGCAGAAGAGCUACAACUGAUACUGCCAUAGCAACUGAAGUUACUGCACAUGAGGCAAAUGGAGAUUCAUCUGCUGAGCCUCGUGCUGCCCUAACAUCAGCACAAAGACUUGCAGCCUCAACGGCCUCGAUAACAGAAGUUGCAUCUGAUCCAUAUGGGAGAGAAGCCAAACAUUUCACAGAAAUCCGUGUUUUAAAUAGAGAUGUCAGAGUCAUCCUAGAGGGUGUUGAUAAAUUUAGCAAUCUGAUUGGUUCAGUAUAUUAUUCAGAUGGUGAAUCACCAAAGGACCUGGGUUUGGAGCUUGUGGAAAAUGGUUUUGCCAAAUAUGUUGAAUGGAGUGCAAGCAUGCUUGAAGAUGAUGCCAAGAGACGAUUGAAAAAUGCAGAACUUCAAGCAAAGAAGGUUCGUUUGAGAAUGUGGACAAACUAUGUUCCCCCAGCAACAAAUUCAAAAGCUAUUCAUGAUCAGAAUUUCUCAGGAAAGGUGGUUGAGGUUGUAAGUGGGGAUUGCAUUAUUGUCGCUGAUGAUUCUCUGCCAUUUGGAGAUCCAUCUGCUGAGAGACGGGUCAAUCUUUCAAGUAUUAGGGCUCCCAAAAUGGGGAAUCCUCGUAGAGAUGAAAAACCUGCUCCAUACGCAAAGGAAGCAAAGGAAUUUUUGAGAACACGACUCAUUGGAAAGCAAGUGCAUGUUUCAAUGGAGUACUCUAGGAAGGUUAACAUGGCAGAUGGAGCUGUUCCUGCCACCAAUGGAGCAGAUUCAAGGGUUAUGGAUUUUGGAUCUGUCUUCCUAGUGUCUAAGGAUGGAGAUGAAGCUUCCUCUGCUCCAUCUGCUGUGACUAAUCAACAGGUUGGGGUGAAUUUUGCUGAACUAUUGGUUGCUCGUGGUUUUGCGACUGUUAUUAGGCACCGUGAUUUUGAAGAAAGAUCAAACUAUUACGAUGCCCUUCUCUCUGCUGAGUCACGUGCUGUGGCUGGAAAGAAGGGUAUGCAUUCUCCCAAGGAACCACCAGUGAUGCAUAUUACAGACCUGACAACGGCUUCUGUGAAGAAAGCCAGGGAUUUCUUGCCUUUCCUGCAAAGGAACAGGAGGAUGGCUGCUAUAGUGGAAUAUGUUCUUAGUGGCCAUCGGUUUAAGUUGUACAUUCCAAAAGAAACAUGCAGCAUUGCUUUCUCAUUUUCUGGUGUGAGAUGCCCAGGUCGGGCAGAGCCAUAUUCAGAGGAAGCCAUUGCCCUUAUGAGGCGGAAGAUAAUGCAGAGGGAUGUUGAGGUUGAAGUAGAAAAUGUUGAUAGAACUGGAACUUUCAUUGGCACAUUAUGGGAAUCAAGAACCAAUGCUGCAGUGGCACUUCUGGGAGCUGGAUUGGCAAGGCUUCAAAUGUCUUUUGGUUCGGACAAAAUUCCAGAUGCUCACCUUCUUGCUCAGGCUGAGCAGUUGGCGAAAAGGCAGAAACUCAAGAUUUGGGAGAACUAUAUUGAGGGAGAGGAAGUUUCCACUGGUCCUGUUGUUGAAAGGAGACAGAAGGAAGAAUUGAAGGUAGCUGUUACUGAAGUCUUGGGUGGUGGGAAGUUCUAUGUCCAGUCAGUUGCAGAUCAAAAAGUGGCCUCCAUUCAGAAACAGCUUGCUUCUCUCAACCUUCAGGAGGCUCCUGUUAUUGGUGCUUUCAAUCCUAAGAAGGGUGAUAUAGUGCUUGCACAGUUUAGUGCAGAUAAUUCAUGGAACCGAGCAAUGAUUGUGAAUGCCCCUCGAGGAGCUGUGGAGUCUUUGAAUGACAAGUUCGAAGUGUUCUACAUUGAUUAUGGAAACCAAGAAGUUGUUCCCUACAGUCAGUUGCGUCCGGCUGAUGCCUCAGUAUCCUCUGCUUCUGGCCUUGCUCAGCUUUGCAGUCUUGCCUUUAUUAAGGUUCCCGGUUUGGAAGAUGAUUAUGGACAAGAGGCUGCAAUCCAUCUAAGUGAGCUCAUCCUUAAUGCUCCCAAGGAAUUCAAGGCUGUGAUUGAGGAAAAGGACACAUCAGGUGGAAAAGUCAAGGGACAAGGAACGGGUACCGUCUUUAUGGUUACUUUGGUUGAUCCCGAAGCUGAUGUCAGCAUUAAUGCUAUGUUGCUGAAGGAUGGAGUGGCUAGGUUGGAAAAGAGGAGAAGAUGGAUUCCCAAAGAGAGUCUAGAGGAAUUGGAAAAAGCCGAGAAGGAAGCACGCGAGAAGAGGCGUGGAAUGUGGGAGUAUGGAGAUGUUGAUUCUGACGAUGAAGUGUCAGCUGCGCCCCCUGCUAGGAAAGCUGCCGGCAAACGCUGAGCAGUUUGUGGUUUUGUAACAAUUAUGUAGAGGGAGGUUCCUUUCUACUGCCAGGCACAACCGUGGUAAAAUUACAGGUAAGAAAAUUGCUGUUCUGUACUUUGAGAGAAUAGAAAGAGGAUGCGUUGUUAGCUUUCUAUAAUUUUGGUUCUUUUUGUAACUUAGGAAGUGACUUCUUGAGAGACAAAUUUUGUUUAGUUUUUAGCUUUAGUUUAAUUUUUUAAAUUUGUUAAAUUAUACUACAGUAGUAAAUAAGGGAACCCCCGAAUGUAACUUAACAAGGAUGUGACUUCUCGGAGUGCUUCAGAGACAAAUUUUGUUUUUAAUGUGUUCCAUUUCCUAAAUUAUACUCCUUUACUCA